CAUCCAAACUCCAAAGUUUAUUGAGUCUCCUACCCGCGAAAAGAUGGUGGUCGUUGACUGUGGAGACGGUUAAUGGUUUUGUGUUGGAUUUGUUAUGUUGCCACCUUCGCCACCUACUAACACCGCACCACCGCCACUGCCCAUAACUACCAACAUCUUUAUUCAGCUACCAUCACUCUUUCACCAUUACAAAAAGUAAAAAUUAAAAGGAAAAAAGAGAUCUUUUUUCUUUCUUUUUUUAUUCAAUAUUCUCUUUGGUUUGGAAGGGUCUCUUGAAUCUCUGUCAAGAAGCCUGCUGAACUGCCAACGAAGAGGCGCGGUGAUCUGGGCCCCCCAUUCUUGAUUCUUCUUCUGAUCUGGGCUCAGGAGUUGCAGCUAAUUGCUGGGAUUGGAGUCUCUGUGUAUUGUUCUUGUAGAUACUUUCAGUAAUGUGGAAGGACCUUGGAGAUUCUGCUACUGAUUCAUUCUAUGAGGUCCGGCCUCAAUGCACGGAUGUUCCCAAAACCAAGUUUAGAGUCAAGGCUGGGAAAACCCUAAGUUCAAGGAGAUGGGAAGCUUCAUUUACUCCAGAAGGUUAUCUCAAUAUUGGCAAAAUACUUAGAAGAAUUUAUCGUGGGGGGAUACAUCCCUCAAUUAGAGGUGAAGUUUGGGAAUUUUUACUGGGUUGUUAUGAUCCAAAAAGCACUUUUGGAGAACGAGAUCAGAUAAGACAACGUCGGAGGGAGCAGUAUGCGGUAUUGAAAGAAGAAUGCCGCCAAAAUUUUUCCAUGAUUGGAAGUGGCAGAUUUAUUACUGCACCUGUAAUCACAGAGGAUGGUUAUCCUAUUCAAGAUCCUUUAGUGCUUCAAGAGGCAAAUAAGGCCCAAAGGCCAACCGAGAAUGGUUCUUUGAAUGACCCAGAAGUGGUGAAGGAAACAGAUCAAAGAAUAGUUGAGUGGAAACUCACAUUGCAUCAGAUAGGUCUUGAUGUUUUUCGGACGGAUAGGACACUAAUAUUCUAUGAGAAACAAGAGAAUCUUGCAAAACUUUGGGAUAUUCUGGCCGUUUAUGCCUGGUUUGACAAAGAUAUUGGCUACUGUCAAGGUAUGAGUGACCUUUGCUCCCCCAUGAUCAUUCUUCUUGAAGAUGAAGGGGAUGCGUUUUGGUGCUUCCAACACUUGAUGCGUAGACUGCGAGGAAAUUUCAAAUGCACUGAAAGAUCUGUGGGAGUAGAAAUGCAGCUUAGUAAUCUGGCCACAGUUACCCAAGUUAUUGAUCCUAAACUCCAUAAGCACUUAGGUAUGCAUUUCUCUAAAUGUUUUCGUGUUUUUUUCUUUAUAAUUCUUAAAAUUUUCUUUUUGGCUGCUGCAGAGACCUUAGGUGGAGGUGAUUAUCUGUUUGCCUUCAGAAUGCUUAUGGUUUUGUUCCGUCGUGAAUUUUCUUUUGGCGAUUCAUUGUUUCUAUGGGAGAUGAUGUGGGCGCUAGAGUACGAUCCAACGCUGUUCUUGCUGUAUGAAGAUCCUGAAUCAUCAUCUAACGAAAAAUCUGAAGGAUCAAAAGGGAAAACAAAGACAAAAAGCGAGUAUGGGAAAUACGAGAGAGCAUACAUGAAAAAUGCAGGAAAAAAUAAUUCAGUGGCUCCCCUCCCGCUCUCUGUUUUCCUUGUUGCCAGUGUCCUCAAAGAAAAAAGCCCCAAGCUGUUGGCAGAGGCUCGGGGACUGGACGACGUUGUUAAGAUACUAAAUGACACAACGGGCAACCUAGACGCGAAAAAAGCAUGCAAUGGCGCGCUCAAACUUCACAAGAAAUACCUUAAAAAGGUGAAGUAGAUCAGAUGUGGAAGGAAUUCUGAUUGUGAAAUAAACACAGAAACAUGAACCUAAUACUGGAAAUCUUUAGAAAUGGUACAUAGCAAAAUCUUCUUGUUUUUUUUUUUUUCUUUUUAAUAUUAUGGAUAAAGUUUUUACAAUGUAUUUGCAUCAACUAUUGUAUUUUACUAUUUUUGUAUAUGAGAUGAAUCAUAACACACACACACACGUAGUGUGAGUCAACUCUACAUACCCGUUUUAUGUUGUAAUGCAAAGACCCUCCAA